CUUUGUGUGUGUUUGCUCCGGAAGAUGUCCUGUCUGUGUAUCCUGCUUGGGAUGGAUUGUUACACUGUGUCACCGCUGAAUUAACCUACCAUGCAUGUACACACUGCACACCCCAAAUACCCUGCUGAACCCUAACCAGAGCCAUGCAAGGGGCUGUGUGUACCCACAGGGUGAAACUCUGAUUCUUAUAGGUAUAUCUGCUCUGUGCAGUGAACAGUUGAUUGAAAUUGCAUCCAAAGCUUCACAUGUUCUGUUCACUCGGUCACCAAACUGCAUCUCAUGAGCUUUUACAGUCUACGUGCUUUCAGUCCCUUUGUUACUGGGUACCCUGCCAUGAUUCCACUGCUUUCAUCUUGGCACCUUUACUAGACCACUAUGGUUCAUUGGAAGUUCCUUUGACACUCAAUGCAAACAAUUCAAACUCUGUGCACUCUUCACACAAUCGGGCCUGGACAACAAUAGGCUGUUGUUUUUUUGAGCUGGAGCAACCAUGGACAAGAAGUCAUUUGAGGUGGUACUUGAUGAAGUGAGAAAGGCUGUUCUCACGGAUUACAAGGUGAAAGCCUUGGAAUAUGUGCAUGGAUAUUUUUCCAGUGAACAGGUUAUUGAAUUAUUGAGAUAUUUCUCAUGGGCAGAACCCCAACUUAAGGCCGUGAAAGCCAUGCAGCAUAAAAUGGUUGCCAUUCCGGCAGCAAAAGUGGUGAAUAUACUGAAUUGUUUUACAUUUAGCAAGGACAGACUGAGUGCACUGGAACUGCUAGCCAUAAACAUACUUGAUGCUUCAAACUAUCGACCUAUUGAGGAUCUUUUCAAAGUUAAUCUUAAUGAAAAGAAACGUUGCCGUAAAAUUCUUGAACAGGCUGCAAAGACUGGCUGCAAAGCCCCGAAUGCCAUGAUUUCUUCGUGUGGAAUGAUACCUGGAAAUCCUUAUCCCAAGGGGAAGCCAAGCCGCAUUCAUGGGGUAUUUCCGGGAACACCGGCUAAGAAAGAUGGCGAUGAAGGAGCAAAUGAAGGAAAAGGAAUUGCAGCACGGAUUCUCGGACCAUCCAAGCCCGCCCCUUCAACAUAUAAUCCACAUAAGCCUGUGCCUUAUCCGAUACCACCUUGUCGCACACAUGCAACCAUUGCUCCCAAUUACUAUGGGAAGACACUGACGGUAAAGAAGGAACAGUCACAUUUAAAUACCUCUGGAGAAGGUCAAAGUUUAUCUGAAGGGGGAGGGGCAGCAACCCAUAGUGUGAAUUGCCGUGAUUGGCCUAAGAGAAACGAAAAUUACAGUGCUUACUGCAAUGGAGUUCUAAUUCCUGGAAUUCUCCCACCACCAUACGCAGCUAACCAAGCAGGCCCUACCUCUGGAGUAGAAGAUAAUUUGGCUCAAUCAAAAUCCAUCACAAAUCAAACGAAUCAACAUAUUUCUCCACAUGAAACCAGCUCUUCUGCUCCACCAACUCCUUCCGCAACUCCAACUCCUGCUCCUUCUCCUGCGAAGACUCUGAACCCUCCUUCCACUCCUUCAACACCUUCUCUUCCUGGGAUAAGCAUGCCUUCUACACAUACACCCUUUUCUGGACAGGUUGUUUCCUCAGUGUCAUCACCUAAGCCAUCUACACCAACUCCUACCGUUAUAAAAAGUCUCCAAAUGUCCUCCAACACACCUGCACCAGCUGUUAGUGCAACUCAAACUCCUGCACUGUUUCCAAGUCUUCCUGCUGCUUCAAUUCCACCACAACACAGCUCCUCUUCCUCCUGUACAAAUCCACUGUUUAAUGAUAUGCUGCCUCUUCCAAGUCUACCGUUUUCUGCUACCACCUCUACGGCCUCUGUGAGCUCUGCCAACAUGAUGUCAUCAUUAUUUGCUGGUCUUCCUUUGUCCUUAAAUCCAUCCUUGCAGGGCAUGCCAAGCCCAACAUUGUCUGAUCUUGCAGGUGCUUCUGCUGGAUCCCUUAAUAUUGGAAAUCCAUUGUUAUCUGUAUUGAAAGGAUUUUUAGCUUCAAGUGAUGCGGCAUUAUUGAAUUCACCAUCAUUGCCUUCUGUGUCUGCACCUGGUCUUUUACCAUUACCAAGUCUUCAAAACACAGAUUCUGUUUCUGCUUUAAACAAAUGUUACACCCCACCUUGCUCUACACCCACCUCUCAAAGGACAUCUACUCCGGGAAUGUCGCUAUUUUCUGGCUCCAACUCGCCUUCAAUGAUAAAUCCAAUUUCAUCAGCAGCCACAAUACCAGGGCAACCUGUCAUUGCCACACCAUCUCCUCUGAGUUGCCUUCCCUCUGUCCCACCAUGUCCGACCCCUUCUUCCUCUAUAUCGGAACAUAAUCUUUCAUCAUCUCAAUCAGCUGCUAGCAUCCCUCUUUUAAUAAAGGCUGAACCAUCAAGUCCAUCACCCUCUGCCUUCAAAGGUCCAUCACGCUCAGCAACUCCUUCUCUUGGCUCUUUAGGAUUACCAGGUGUACUUGGUCAUGUUUUUCCACCAGGGCCAGGGAGCUUAUCUAGUGCCAUGAAUCCAGGGUUAUCUGGUUUGUCUUCAAUGAACAGCAACCUUGGUAACCCCAAUUUGUCUUCAAUAACAUCUAUGCCACCAGUUUUCCCUCCCUUCACUUCUAUGUCUAAUGGAUCUCCAUUUGGUGGUAGCCCUGUCCUCAAUCCUAAUGUAGCCCUGUUAAACUCCACUACAGCUGCUUCUGUAACACCCCCCCCAUCCUCCUCUGUUUUUCCUGGCCUUUCUGCUCAAGCUGCCGCAGCAGCAGUUGCUGCUUCAUCUUUUCCUUUGAAUUUGUCUUCUGGUGUACCUUCACUAUUCUCUGUACCACAAGGACUCUCUUCAAAUCCAGCAUUUCCUGGUUUCUCAGCAUCUAGCACACCACCUCUAAAUCCAGCUAUGCCUGCUCUUUCAUCCUUUCCUGGUCUUCAGGCUUCUUCUUCACUAGCAGUCCCUCCUGGUCCUUCAGCUGUAACUGCCCCAUCCCCAGCUUCCGUUCUCCCUGGAUUUGCAUCUGCCUUCAGUUCCAACUUUAACUCUGCUCUUGUUGGACAAGCUGGGCCAUCUGCAUUUCCUCUUCUCUCUCUUUCUGGUAUUUCUGGAUUUCCUCAAAGUCCCUCACAAUCGUUACAAGGACUUCAGCAAAGCGCAGCCGCGGCAGCAGCAGCACAAACGGCACUAUUACAGGCUCAUUCUCAGUCAGCCCUAGAGGGUUUUGCUCAGCAGGCUGAUGCCUUUGCUGGAUUUUCGGCAGUACCUGGGACACCUUUCCCGCUUCAGCCUGGAUUGCCGCAGCGUGGCUGGCAGUAAAGGAAAUAUGAAUUAACUUCCAAGGCCAGGAGUCGCAACUCCAAGGGUUUAAUCACUGAUGAACAAUUUUCAACUAUGUAAUCAUGAAUUUAGUUUGUAUUUUAAUUAAUAUUAAAUGAAUUAGACCAUAAAACAUCUAAAUAUAAAGUGGCUCUGUCACUUCCAUAUUUUGCAAAGACCCCCGAAGGUGACAUCACUACUUUGUGUAUGGUGGACCAGGGGAGAAGCUAAAGGUAGAAAGGAUUAACUAAAGCUCCUCCUCUUGGCUCUCGAAAUCAAAAGUACAUGUUGGUGUCUGUAUGAGACCGCAGUAUCCUUCAUUUGCCUGCAUACGAUGCAUGACAAAAUGCUCUUUCCCAGAACCACUCUAUUGACAAUUGUGGGUAUUAAAGUUGAUGGUGGAAGCUCUGCCUUUUACCAUUUUCCCAUAAGACAAAGUAGUCCAUAUCAUAUUUAUGAUUGCAUUGAUGUUUCAAUGAAUUUCCAAUCCAAUGAGUAUUUUAUAAUUAUUUUUCUUUACUCAGAAAUUGACCAGAAGUGAUAGAGCCACUUUAAACAUAAAUGAAUAUCAUUUCAAAGCAAUAUUGUCAUUAAAUGAAUGGUCUAAUUUAUUUUUAUUAUCUUGGAUUUUAUAUCAAAUUUUCUAGUAUUUUUUAUUCCUUGAGAAAUAGAAUAACACAAUUUUAGAUGCUUAUUAUACUUUUCACCUCGGUUUUACGGAGCUUUUCUUUUUAUAACAUAGUGUUAACAGUACAUAAACUUUUAAAUUAAACAAAAGAAACUGUUGUUUAAAAUAUCAAUAGAUGAAGAUAUAGAUUUUUUUUAAUGCCUACAAUAAUGUAUAGCAUCUAUUGUAUAUCAGACACCUGUUUUUCCCCAUAAGCUGUAAACUGUGUUGUAUUUUAGGGUUCUUCAUGGUAGUAACUGAUUUGAAGGUUUCUUUUUUUAUGUGUCCUAUAGAACUUUUUAUAUUUUGUGUGAUGCUAGAAAUGUGAUUAUUCAUUUUAACAAGCAACUUUGGUGGAAGCAAUGAAAUGGAAUUGGUGUAUAUCUCUGGACGUCAUGGACUGCAUUCUGCUUUGUCAGUUCUUCAAGUGGGGGGAAAAAGUAUAUGAAAUAAAAUAAAACAUUUUUAUUAACUUUUUUUUCAUGUACAUGGAAACUCAUGCAUGCAGACUGAAAAAGAAACGCAAUUUGAAUGUUUAACCAUACCGUUUUACAGAAAUGCCACGAUGAUUAAAUGUCCACAAUUCCACUGCUCACAGAGGAUAUGUACAAAAUAUUAAAGUGAUAUUCUAGGCUUCGUAGCCACUACAUCUUCUUGUCACAGAGAGAGGGGUUGGGAUUUAGUGGCCUUGACAGACCCAGUUUUGUUAAAUGUUUGAAACAACCUUUGGCUAUGGCGUCCAAAGAUUAUUUCAAUCAUAACUACUGCAAUGAGAUGUAGUGGUUAGGGUGCAUGUCUUAAAUUAGAGGGGCAAAGGUUUAUAAAUAAUAUCAGGAAGUAUUACUUUACUGAGAGUGUAGUGGAUGCAUGGAAUAGCCUUCCAGUUGAAGUGGUAGAGGUUAACACAGUAAAGGAGUUAAAACAUGCGUGGGAUAGGCAUAAGGCUAUAAGGUAUUUAGAAAAUUGGGCAGGCUAGAUGGGCCGAAUAGUUCUUAUCUGCCGUCACAGUCUAUGUUUCUAUGCAUGUGUCUUUAAAGGACAACAGGGCACCUAAUAGUUUUUUAAAACAGUUUUACAACGGUUUAACUAUUGAGUGGAAACCAACAGGCACCAGUUUUGCUUCUUCUACUCUGAGUCCUCGCGAAUGCAGAAGUUUUUUCUGAUAGGCUAAGAGCGUUAGCUGGCGCUAUGAGUUGUGAGCAAUACUAGAGAAAUGUACGUACGUUCUGUAGUGUUACGUGUUAUGGGCAGCCAGUGAUAGGCUGAGAGUGUCAUCUGAUGCAUUGGACUCUGAGGAGAGGAACUGCACCUGAAUAAUAUACUUUGGAAAUCUGCAAAUCCCAGUGCAUAGAUGAAGAAACGGGAUACAUUGUUUAAUGUAUACAUUUGCUAUAGAUUCCACUAGCACAAUGUAUAGCAGGGGUAGAUUAACUUCUGCAUUCCAGAUGUGGACUAAAUCUCCCAUAAUGCUCUUACCGCCAUAAAACUGGCAAAGUAUCAGGGAAAAUGUAUUCCACUACAUCUAUGGUGCCGACGGUUUCCUUCCCCUGAUGUAUAACUUUCAUUUUAUUACUUUCAUUAAAGGGGAGGCCUUGUCCAUUGCUACAUUUGAGCGUGAAUGGAUCUUUUUAAAGUCAACCUGUGAGCUAUACUUUGUGGAGUUAAAAUUACUAGCAAAUGUAUACAUAGACAAUAUGCUUUUCUGUAGAGGCUUUCAUUGUCCUUAAAGAUGAUCGCAGACGCUCAUGCACGUUUUUGGCAACUGUUAGAUUUCAGAAUAAAAUGAUUACAUUAAAAAUAAAAACCACAAAGCUACGCCUAGUUAUUAACUCUCAAGAAAACGAAUAUUAUGAAAUUAACAUUAGGUUGGCCAAUAUUUUUACAGUAUUUUAAACUAAACUUGAGGCUGUCCAUGUUUGUUAAUAACUUAAAGCCACAGAAAAAUAAUCCAACCUCUUUUGAAAUACCUUGAAGAUGAAUGAAACACCGUUUUAUCAUUGUAAAUGCUAUUCUGUUUGUUUCUAAUUCGUUCGUGUGGAACAAUACUUGUAUUAUGGAACAUGUAACUGUAGGUUAUUGUACAAUUCUGUACAUAGAUCCCCAAAAGUGACUACCCAGAUUGUGCUCAUCAAAAUAUUUUCCUGUUUUUUAAAAAAUGCUUUGUGUAAAAUAAUGCUGUAAUGACUGAACCAACACAUGUGAAAUAUUAAAUUGGAAACCUUUUUAAA